ACAGCGUGGUGUAGGAAAUACAAAAGAAGAAGACAAGGGCGGUUCUUGUCAAAAGAAAGGUAGACUGAUGAAGCGAUCAUAUAUGAAAAUCUACACAAAAACUGGAGAUAAAGGAACAUCGGCCACAUUUACAGGGCAGCGACGAGUGAAGGAUGAUGAUGUGUUCCAUGCCUUAGGUACAACAGAUGAACUCUCCUGUGCUGUUGGGAUGGCUGCCGAGUUUGGCAGUGAAGCUGGUCAUGAUUUUGUUGACAAGCUUGACACAAUUCAGUGUAUGUUACAAGACGUUGGCUCCAGUGUUGCUACCCCUGCAAGCUCAGCCCGAGAAAUGCACAAACGAAAAACUGACUUUGACAGUAGCUAUGUUAAUAGAUUGGAGAUGUGGAUUGACGAAAUGACAAUGGAGUUACCCCCCUUGAAAAACUUUAUUUUGCCAUCUGGAGGGAAAACCGCUACUUCAUUACAUCUGGCCAGAACAGUGUGCAGGCGGGCUGAAAGAACAGUGGUGCCUUUAGUCAGAGAUGGCGAGACUGAAGAAGAAGUCCUCAAGUUUCUCAACAGACUGAGUGAUUUUCUCUUCACCGUAGCAAGGUAUGCCGCCAUGAAGGAAGGACGAGAGGAGAAAGUAUACAAGUCUGCCUCGAAGAAAAGUCUGCCUGAAGAUGCUUAGGACAUUCAUUUUUUACAAAUAAUUUGCUUUAACAAGAACUGUGAAAUCUGAAGACUAACUUGAAUUGGAACACUGUAUGAGUUAUAUGGAUUAUAUAAAAUAUGAUGAAAAUGCACAAUUGAUUUCUCUCAAAAUGUACAUUUGAAUGCUGUCUAAAACUGAACAGCUCGGUAUUGUCUCAAAAUGUGUAACUGAAUGUAGUCUAAAAAGUGCAACUGAAUUACUCUGAAAAUAUACAAGUGAAUUCUCUUUGAAAAUAUUUAACAGCAAAUGUUCAUCUAAAUUCUGUCUAAAAUGUAUGGCUUAAUUUUCUAUGAAAAUGUACAACUGAAUUCUGUCUGAAAAUGCCCUAUGUGUUGUGAAAAAAAAAAGAUGAUUAAUUACACUUAAGAGUUUAAGAAACAAAAUGAUUAUCUCAGUAUGGACUGAACAUGACUUGAUAAAGUGAUACGAAUUUAGAAAUUGGUUAUGGACCACUACUAAUGUGCAGUGCUAUAGCCUCUAUUAGAAAUUCACGAGAAAAAAUAGUUACAUCCCCUAACCACUUCCGGCUUAUUUAUUAACGUCAAAAAAUAAACGAACAAGGGCCUUUGUUGCAAGCGACUGGAGGGUAAACGCGCCGGAAAUAAUUUAGUGGCUAAUUGGGGUCGCUUAGCACUAUGCAAAUCAAGGGCAGGUAAGUAUGUUUCUAAGAGAGGCUGUUGUUAAACCUGCCAGUUGUAGUUUGUUUUUACAAAUGAAAAAAAGAAGAAUAUUUCAUUAAAUUUAUUUGGAAAUAUAUACUUUCUGAUUGUCAUUGCUUAUGUUUUAGAUGACAAUAAAUAUUAAUAAUAAAAUAUAAUUGGUGUACAAAAACUCAGCAACAACAACAUAUAAUUAACAAAAGCCCUCGGUUAUUUAGAAAACUUCUUGUCAGAAUAAAUUGCAUCUAAAACAUGAUAAAAUAUUUUGUCCAUCAGUAACUUGAAAUUAUAUAAUCGGGCCCUUCAGACAGAUGUUUGAAGAUAACAUGGAAAGGGGUGGUAAAAUAAUAAUAAUAAUAUACUGAACACCAUUGAAAACUCACUCGUCACAUUUGUAACGGUAAAAAGGAUAUGAAAAGAAAAAACCCACAACAUAAUACAUUUGACUGAUUUUGUACAACUGGAUGCAAUAAAUAAUCCCGAAUUGUAAAUAAGGGUUGCGGUUAUUGUGUGUUAUAUACCAACCUAUCACAUGCGAUAUGAAUUUAGCAACUGAAAAUUUUCAAUGAAGUUCAGUAUAAUAACAAAACAUAGCACAGGCUGAAUUUAGAGGAGAGACAGUCACCACACCACCAACCGACAUCAUGUUCUUUUGGUGGUAAUCCAGUCUUUGUCCUACCAGUUUUGUUCCUCACUCAAUGUGUCGGAACAUUUAUUUAGUACCAAUAUUCCUCUUAUAAUAUUGUCCUCACUUCUGCCCCUCCUUUAUUCUCCCCGUGCCGUGAAUGGCAAAGGCCCAGAAAUUAUCUCCCGGGGUUACGUUGUUAUUAUACACACUAUAUUCUCGAUUUAAACGGCUGUUCGGUGGUGUGAUUUGAAGCAACUAUCGCAUAACAUUACUUUGUCCACCACUGUACGAACAGGAAAAGUGGUCAUAUUUUUUCAGAUGAUGGAGCAUUGCACAAAGAAAGACUAAAGACUGCAUAACAGAUCUAUUAUAUGACCAAAAAUAACAAAAACCAACUGUGACUCGCUGGAGACCAAGACGUUUGUAUGUCAUUGCCAAAAACCUAUCCCUCAGCCUAUUGGUGUGGGGUUUUUGUUUUAUUAUUUAAUUAUUUAUAUAUUUGAAUAAAAUCUAGUUGAAUUAUUAUAUUUUCUUCUUUUUUAGGUAUGUUAUGUGGAAAUUUGUUUAUUUUUGUUUUGUUCACUGCUUUUUGGUGGGUUUACAAGUACCUUGUCCUAUCCCCCAUGGCAUUGAUCAUGUUGGUUGUCAAUUUUUUUUUUUUUUUUUUUUUUUUUUUUUAUUAAUUUAUUUUUAAUAAAUAAUUUUACAAAACUAAAAAGAAGUGUUUU